UUUAGUCCUUUACAAAGCGCCACCUGCCCGGGCUCACAGUCUGUACUGGAAUCCCCUGAUCAAAACUAGACUUAGUGGGAGCCAUCAACCCCCCUCCUCCUUCUUCUUCUUCUUCUCUCUCAAAACCCUUCUUUGCCUCUGCUUACAUUUGGGUUUGGGUUUAGGGUUAGGGUUAGGGUUUCCACACGACUAUGAACCAGACGCUGCGUUUUUGAGCUCCCAAAUCGAAGCCAAUCUCAGUGACAAUGCCGAGGCGCCACAACAACGACAUGGACCUGAUGAUCCCCGGGAAGAUCAGAAAGCGAGGCUGCUCGUCGUCGGCUUCGUCUUCGUCGUCGAUCAUCCAGAACUACAGAUUCAAGCGGGCGAUUCUGGUCGGGAAGAGGGGCGGAUCCACUACGCCCGUGCCUACCUGGAAGCUCAUGGGAUCCAGGUCCCCCGCGUCCGCAUUGCGGGGGGCCAUGGAGUCUCCCAAGCACGCGCCGUCGCAGAGCGGCGGCGGCGGAGUUUCGAAGGGGAAACAGUCGCCGAGGCCUCCGGUGUCGGCGAGGAAGCUGGCGGCGACGCUUUGGGAAAUGAACGACGUGCCGUCGCCGAGAGUGAAGGAAGAGGUGGAUGAGCGGAGGAUGAGGAAGGAGAUUAGGGCCAGAGAGAAAGAGAGGGUUGCUCGGUCUCUGCGCUCGGGUUCUCUGCCUCCUCAUCUCUCCGAUCCGUCGCACAGUCCCGUUUCAGAGAGGAUGGAUCGAUCUGGAACAGGUAGUUUGCACAGAAGGUCAUCCUCUAUUUCACAGAGGCUCAGGCUUACAGAUCAACAUUCUGGAAUAUUGGAUUCUCAUGGAAAUGGCAGCCUAAUGGAGGUUGAGUCUCGAUCAAGAGCCCAGACUCCGACUAGAUCGAGAGCUCAGACUCCUAGUGCUUCAACUGUUGGAAUCAAGCCACGUUUGAAGGAUGUUAGUAAUGCUCUGACAACGUCUAAAGAGCUACUGAAAAUUAUACACCGCAUUUGGGGUAAUGAAGAUCAGCCUUCAUCUAGCAUGGCCCUUAUCUCAGCCUUACAUGCUGAGCUCGAGAGGGCUCGUUUGCUGGUGAAUCAGCAUAUCCACGAACAGCGCUCAGAGCAGAAUGAGAUCAGCUAUCUCAUGAAGUGUUUUGCUGAAGAAAAGGCAGCUUGGAAAAGCAAGGAGCACAAAGUAGUUGAGGCUGCCAUCGAGUCUGUUGCAGAAGAACUUGAGGUGGAGAGAAAACUGAGAAGGAGGCUUGAAAGCUUGAACAAGAAACUCGGGAAAGAACUGGCAGAGACAAAAGCAUCUCUCGUUAAGGCAGUCAAAGAACUUGAGAGUGAGAAGAGAGCAAGAGAGAUCAUGGAACAAGUGUGUGAUGAAUUAGCCAGGGAUAUUAAUGAAGAUAAACUUGAAGCAGAGGAACUGAAGUGGGAGUCUGCAAAAGUUCAUGAAGAGAUCGAAAAGGAAAGGGAGAUGAUGCAGUUCUCUGAUGUGCUGCGUGAGGGGAGAGCUCAAGAGAAACUCUCAGAGGCAAAAUAUCAGCUUGAGGAGAAGAAUGCUGCUGUUGAUAUGUUGAGGAGUCAACUUGAAGCCUUUAUGGGAAGUAAGAGAACAAAAGAAAAAGGACGCGGUUCUGCUCAUCUGAAAGAUGAAGAUAUUGCAGCCUAUCUAAGUAGAACUUGCCUUGGUUCCCAUCAGGGUGAAGAAAAAGAUGAGGAUGGAGGAGAAGUUGAAGAUGGAGUAGAAUGUGAAGAGGAUUCUGCUGAAAGUGAUUUGCAUUCCAUAGAAUUAAGUAUGGGCAACAAUAACAAAAGCUAUAACUGGAGUCAUGCUUCUGUAGCUGCUCGGGAUCCAAGAUGGGCUCCAAAUGAUGACGAAGAAAUCAAAGGGAGGAAGUCCAUGUCAGGGAAGCCACCAAGAAAAAGCACUUCUUUGCAAAGGAGUAUAUCAGAUGGAUUGGAAUGGGGCAUGCAGACUGAAAGGCUCCAAAAUUCAGGAGAUAGGGUAGAUUGGGAGAGCUUUCCCGACCUGGAGAGGCAAAUGCAAGGAAAGGGUUGUGGAGACGAAAUGCAAGGGUAUAAAUCAUCGAAGGGUCUUAGGGACCAAAUGUUAUCUGGCUCUAGGUUUGGAUCUGCUAGAGUUCAUGCUAGUCCAACACGGCAGUGGGGGCAGCCGUGGCCUUCACGAGAUCCUACUAGUGCAGUUCACGAUAGGCCUCCAUCUGUCCAUGGCAGUGGUUCAAAGUCAAGACUAGCAGAACUAAGAGGUGAAGGCCAGAAUGGCAGAAGGUCCAAACGGUGAAAAAUUCUCUUUUUCAUCAAUGCCUGGAAAUAGUGACAUCAUUUGUCUUUCCAAAACAGAUGAUGAAUAUAAUGGCUCGUUAGAAAAACUAUUUGAAUGAUGGAAGACAUGUUCUUGCCUGUUGUCCUGUUGAUACAUUUUGCUCGUGAUCUCUAGGAGAUGCUACUUUGCAGCUCAUUCUGCGCUAGACUACCCUGACUUCAACAAUGCUUGAGUUGUAGAUUUUUGGGAAAAGCUGAAAUCCUGCGAGCUUGUCUUGUACAAAUAACUUCUAAUAUUUAUGAUUUUGCUGGCAGUAUUUAUAUUUUGUUUUCCAAUUUUUUUGAA